AUGGAUCCGUUGAGCAGUCUACCAGACGAGGUUCAUCCUCACAUACUAUCGUUCCUCACCACAAAGGAGGCUGCUUCGACAUCCCUUCUCUCAAAGAGGUGGCGCAAUCUCUUCGCACUCGUCCCCAAUCUCGACAUUGACGACUCUGUCUUUCUUCAUCCGGAAGAAGGUAAGCGGGAAAGAGACGGAAUCCUACAGAGCUUCAUGGAUUUUGUGGACCGAGUAUUAGAUUUGCAGGGUGAUUCUCCCCUCAACAAAUUCUCCCUCAAGUGUAAAGAUGGCGUCGAUUCAGAUCGUGUGGAUAGUUGGAUAUGCAAAGCGCUGCAGCGUGGCGUUUCUGAGCUUGAUCUCUCCAUCGAUUUCCCCGGGUAUUACUAUUACCGUCUCCCUGAAGAGAUGUUCGUCAGUCGUACGCUAGUGAAGCUGAAACUGACAAGUGAGUUUGAUAUUCACUGGUGGCCUGCAUGUGAAGACGUUUCGUUACCACUGCUCAAAAGCCUUUGCAUUUGCUCAAGGAGGAUUUUCUUCGAGGACGAGAUUGAGCCGCUUCUUCCUUGUUUCCCUGUGCUUGAGGAAUUGCAAAUCGAAAGCAUGGAGCGCAAGGGUUUGGAUGUAACCGUGUCAAGUGGGACACUCACCAAGCUAACUUUCUUCGUCGUCAGCACCAAGACCUAUCGGAAUCCGAAGAGCGUUUGUUUCGAUACUCCAAAUCUGCUUUCCUUAAGAUACUCUGAUUUAGUUGCGCGGGACUAUCCGUUGGUGAAUAUGGAAAAACUAGUUGAGGCUCGACUCGCCCUUCGAGCUAAUGAUGAUCAGAUCAAGCGAGUGAGAAGAGCGCCAAACAAUGAUGACUCGUUAGAAGACGACGUUGUUCUCCAGUUUGGCAAUCUCGCGAAGCUCAUGAAAGGCAUUCACAAUGUUCAGGAACUUCACUUGUGUCCUGAUACUCUCGAGGUGCUUUCUCUAUGCUGUGAAUCGAUGCCCGUGUUCAACAACCUCAAAACGUUAGUUAUCCACGGUGAAGGGGAUCGAGGAUGGCAAGCAGUGCCUGUUCUUCUGAGGAAUAGUCCACAUUUACAAACUCUAUACAUUGAGGGUCUCGUGCACUAUGUCACAGAUAAAUGCGGGGAUGCUUGUGACUGCAUCUACCGGAAGGACAAAGGCCGGUCGCUCACAUCCUGCCCAGUGAAAGAGUUAGUGAUUGGAGGUUUUACAGGAACAAUGAAAGAGAUGAACAUGAUUGAGCAUUUCUUGGACUAUUUUCCGUGUUUGAACAAGGUGGAGAUCUAUAUUGACAAGAAUGUUCUUAGAGAGCUUAGAAACGAGGCUGUACGUAUCAUGGAGAUGAUAGAAGAGUACAACAUGUCAUAUCGUUGCCAUGUCGGGCUCAUGAGGAGUGGACAAUGA